UUUGUUUGGCAUACAACAAGGCGAACACACACACACACACACACACACAUACACACCCCCCAAUGUGUGGCCGUGUGCUUUUGGUUGCGUAAGUGCUUACAAUUGAACUUUUGAUUUUUGGCAAGAAUUUCGACAUUCGCAUUGGGUAAAUGUAUAAAAUAUCCACUUUCGAUAAUAAAUUGUGUCAUGUCCUACGGCACCAUUUGGAUUUGGCGGGGGAUGACUGUGGCAUACCAUACUCCAUAUGGUCCUUCUCUCCCGCAACUCGUUGGAAUGUAAUCUACGAAUUCUUCACCAACAAGCCCAUGUGCCAAGCCGCAUGGUUUCCCCUGAUCUAUUGGAUGGUCCUGUUCAUCAGUAUUUGGGGUACGAUUCGCAGUAUAAUCGAAUUUAUUGGUCGUUUGGGCGUUAAGGACAAGGGCAUAGUUUUGUGGCGGAAACGAAGUUAUAACAUGCUCACUCCCUCCAUGCUAUGCAAAUGUCGCUUGGUGGGGGCAUUUGUGAUGUUUCAUAUUUGGUUAUUGUUGUCCUAUGGAAUUAUGACUGUCUCGCCCCACUACAUGAUGCCUUGGUUAACCGUAAAUCUUGUAACGAUGCUUUUUGAAAUGAUCACUUGGCUGUUAAAUCUAUCAUUGGGGCAGACUAAAAUGGACCUGCACACGGUGUGCUCCAUUCUGUUGCCACUCGCCUUUCAUUGGCUGGUGGCCUGUGUACGAAAUGUCUUUCGAAACGCCAUCGAUAUGAAGGACUUGGACAAAUUGCGUUUGUGGCCCAUAUUCAAAUGAAGAAAAUGGAAAAAUGAUAACCCUCUUGCCGGUAGACUUUAAUAAAUUUGAAAAGAUGUUUGGGAGUUACUGAA